GAAGUGCCGGAAAUGUUGCUGCUAUUAAGUGAGAGAAAGUCGUCUAUCAGCUCGCAAAAACUAGAAUUUAAACAUGGAAGCAGGAGCGAAUUGGCGAACACAGUGGCUCUGAAAAGACUACCCGUAAAUAUCCCGAACUCCCACUUUGAAAUACUAAAAAAAAAAUAUGGAAUUUACAAUAUGCCUACGACCAUGUUUGCGUAAUUAUUCAGGGGAGUGAGAUUACAACUUUGGUCUAGACCUGGCUGGAUGUCGAUAGCGCUGAUGUCACGGGUGCUUGACUGCUGGGAUUAUAAAUUAAAACUGUGAAGAGAGAACAAAUUUUUUUUUUUCUUUUUUUUUCUUUUCCCGAAUCGUUUUCUGCCACUUGAAUGAGUGUGUUUUUUUUUUUAAUACUCAAAAUUGUAUUACAGUAACAGGAUUCUGUAAAUCUGUACAGCACACAGUCCGAGGAGGAGUGUUGACGUUCUCAUGAGGAAGUGGGAUGUGGCCAGACUGUAUCUGUGUUGCAGUUUGGGUUGUCAGAGUCGUUCAAAUAGUACAGGACCAUGCAACAUAGUAUUAUUAAGAUAUAAACUUGGUAUCUGAUGGCGGCAAGUUAAUUAUUACCAGAAUGAACGCUUCUGGUGAUCGUAUGACUCCAGCUGCGGUUACCUCGUUGGAUAUUUAAAAAAAAAAGAAAAAGGGGAUUUAACAGCUUUGAAGCAACGUUGUCUCCGCCUCAUCACCAGCCUUCAAAAAAUGACAGCUCAACACCAGACAGUGGACUCGUCUCUCACACUAGGACAAAAUCAAAUUUGCAGUUGUGACAGCGGUCGUUCUGCAUCAGAAAAGGAAAAGAGGAAAAGCCAGGAUGGAUCACAGAAGCAUCUGAAUGGAUGUUUGCCACUUUCCCAUCAGGUGGCUGGUCAUAAGUAUGGAGUAGAUAAAGUAGGUAUUUUGCAGCACCCAGAUGGCACUGUUCUGAAGCAGCUUCAACCCCCUCCUCGUGGUCCUAGGGAGUUGCGAUUCUACAGCAUGGUGUAUGAUGAACACUGCUGUGACCCUGUCCUGUUAGACCUCCAGAUGUUUUUGCCAAAGUACUAUGGCACCUGGACCCCAGCUGAUGCACCGAACGAUCUGUACCUUAAACUGGAUGACGUGACCCGCAAGUUUAACAAGCCUUGUAUAAUGGAUGUAAAAAUAGGCCAGAAAAGUUACGAUCCCUAUGCCUUGAAGGAAAAGAAAGACCAGCAAAUCAGGAAGUACCCUUUGAUGGAAGAGAUUGGCUUCCUAGUACUUGGCAUGAGGAUAUAUCAAGUGACCACUGACAGCUAUGAGACCCAUGACCAGCAUUACGGAAGAGGCUUAGUAAAAGAAACGAUAAAGGAUGGUUUAACCAGAUUCUUCUUUAAUGGAAACAGUGUCCGAAAAGAUGCCAUUGCAGCCAGCAUUCAGAAGGUCCAGAACAUCCUGCAGUGGUUUGAGAGCCAGAGCCAGUUACAUUUUUAUGCAAGUUCCCUUCUGUUUGUGUACGAGGGCUCAUCUCCGCAAACAGCUCAGAUGAAACGGAAGGCCGGCAGUCUGGCAGACGUGAGCACCACUCCCAAAGGCUGUCCCACAGACGGAGAGGUGCUGGAGUACAACAAUAAUGUCUGUGUGAUCAGCUCCAUGGAGAAUGGGAGGACGAUGGCUUCGCUUGGCCAGAGCCUCUCCAACAUAUAUGCGCUCCACAAGAAAGGCUGUUCCAAGGGACAUCACAAUGACAUCUCCCUGGAAAUCGAAACCAGCGAGCAGGAUAACAGCUUAUGGAAAUGCACUACUCCACCAAACGGUAAUGAAAACAAACCUCAACUGGAAAAGGAAAGCCACCAUAUGCCAGCUGUGAUGCAGAGACCAAACGAGGUAGAAGUUAGAAUGAUUGACUUUGCUCACGUUUUUCCCAGUAAUACCAAGGACGAAGGGUAUGUCUAUGGGCUAAAACAAUUGCUGACUGUGCUGCAACAAAUCCUAAAUAAUUAAACCUCUCCCCAUGUUGAUGUUGCGGCUGAUGUUGCACUUCUUAUUAAUAUUGGGGCCAAUAUCAAAGAAAAGAGUAACAGACAUCAUGGAAGUAAUUCUGCACUAGCAGUGAUGCAUACUGGUGUUUGUAAUUCUUUGUGUAUUACAUGUGCUUGUUUUGUACUACUGGUAACUAUAGUUUAAUUUUAUAAUUAUCUUACUCAGGAAAACUAACGCAUAAAACCAUUCAUUAAAAUUCGACUAUUGAGAGGAUUACGACAGUUGGAAAUAUAAGUAGGCGAUAGCUUAUGGCUACAAAAUAUAUCCUCUGUUUUAGAAAUAGCCCCAGAAAAAAAAAAAAAAUUAAACAGAAGAAACUACUACUGAUUUUGUUUUUUUAAACAUUUACUAUAACUAUUUCUAUUUCUAUUAUGUUAGCUACAAAUUAACUUUGGAAAAUGUUUUUAUGAUAAACGGCUUAUAUAACUUAAUUUUUAUAAUCCGAAAUCUGGAAAGAAGGUUAUGCAAGGUAUAUAUUAAAGAUUGGAAUGGGUUGACUUGAUUGAAAUAGUGCUUUUGUGUAUUUAGUAGCAAAUUAUUUUAGUGUAAAUAUAUGAAUUGUGCUGCUGUGUUAUAAGGAAUAUACUGUGGAAUGGAACUACAAUGCUUAAUGAUAUGAAUGACCUAUGUACUGGUUAGAGUGCAAUAUGAAGUCAAAUUAUUUAAGAAAACUGGCAAAAAAAAAAAAAGUAAAAACAUCUCUCAUUGUUGUAUAUCUCAUACCCAGAGAGAGACGGACACAUUUAUUUUGCACUCCCAGAGCCAACACUCCAGAAAUAGGUGGUCAAUAUGUAAAUUAUAACGAUUCUAACCCUAUGUAAUGGUAUGUAAGGCAAAUUGGGCUCUUACAACUUGGCAAAAGCAGCUAAUAUAUUAACAUUUCUUAUUACUUCAAAUGUUUAGCUUUAGUCUGAUGAUGAUAUUUCUCCAGAAAGUGGUAUUAAUCAAGGCUUUUAACCUGCCAUAGCAUCAUUAGGGUUUCAUCUGUUUUAGUUUUCUGGACUCUUUCACUUUGAUUCAGGGCUGGCCAGUUUGUCAUGUCGGUACGCUGGUGAGUUCACGUCCUGUUACAGGUACAGUAAUAUGAUCCCCGUCUGCUUCACAUAGCACACUGUAUGGUCUCAUUAUCUAUAACAAGUAAGCAAAAACUCUGUGCUUAUAAAAUUGCCCAUUGUUGCUUUAAAAUGAAAAGUGCUUUUGUUUUUACAUUGUGUGACGAGGCUUUGUUCCAAACCAUGCAGUUGUAGAUAAUUACAUAUUUAUAUGGUUUGGAAUCCUCUUCAGUCCAUUCAGAGCACUUUCUUCCCCUGUGCUAUAAAGGAAAUCGGCUUCCUAGCACUAUGGCAGGAAAAUUGGGCUUCAGAGGAGCCAUAGUGAAAAUAAAGUUCAACAGAAUUUCAGAAGAAUAGGCAGAAUGGGGGCAAAUCAGAGGGGAAUAUAGGGUGCACUUUAAGGGCAUCCAUAACAAUUUAGUAGCAUUGUAAUAACUAGCACUUCCUGCUCUUGCACUUAUUCCACCAGUAGUUAACAUGUAUUACAUGGAAAUGGCCAGUUCCAUGGUGUUACAAUGUAAUUAAAAAAAAGUUGUUCACAAAUUAACUAAGGAUACAGUUGUUGCCAUGUAAUAGCUGGAAGCAUUGGUAAUUACUUGGUUAUUACAGUGUGUUUACAGUCAUAGUACAACUUUGAGCUACUGCCAUUGUUUUUGUAGAAACUCUUUGGUCAGUUAAAUCACUAGAACAAUUACUAACACAACUGUACCUUGAACAUGAGAAUAUGAACAAAGUGUAUUACUGCUUUUCUAUUUUAAUCCACAUCUGUGUCAGCAGUCAAAAAACAUCAAAAGGGUUAAUGACAAAUUGGUUUAACAAAUAGAUGCACCAAGAAGGGCAUUUUAGUUUCACAGUGAAGCUGUUUGGAAAACGUGCAUCUCCUUAGGAGUGUUGCAUUCCAGUAUCAUAUGGAUUUAUAUAAUAAUGGUAAUGUGAGUAUUUAUUGUUAAUUGUUUUUCAUGAUGGAAUUGGACUCUACAGCAAGCAAGCUGAACUAAUGAAAGACAAAAAAGGUCAACUAUAUUAUAUCAACUGUAUAUAGUAUAAAUAGUUCCUUUAUUGGUAAAGAAUGGCAAUAAAAGUGAACAAAUAGAUAGUAACCUUUUGUAAAGGAACAAAGUACAAAUUAGUUAAAUAGUAUUGACAGAGAGCAAGACAUCGGUAAUACUCUUUUGACCAGUUUCUUCAUAGGAUCAACAUGUUACCUUGACAUACUUAAUUAGGGGUUUCUGUCAACUCACAUAUUACAUACAUUACUAAUGAUUAGAACUAUAACCAGUUAAUUACAUCAGUCUACUAAACGCAACUUGAACCAAGAAAUGUACAGCUCCACUUACUGUGACUUACUGUGCCCCUUCACCGGUGGGCCAAACUGUAUCUAACAACCUAUACCGGUAGCUAUUUGAAUCUUUUGGAUAAUGCAAGCAUGACUCUUCGAAUUAACCAAAUUUUGACUUUAACUGACUUAAUCAAUUGCCGAACAUAUUAAUCUAGUGCUGUAGUAUAUUGAUUUAUACUAUAAAGCUCUAUUACAUGUAGUGUUUAAAUAGGCAUAACAAUCCUGCUGGAUAUCCUGGGAAGAUGUGGUUUUAACCCUGCCAGCCAGAGAAAUCCACCUUACAGUAUCUAUCAUGCUCUUCUGUGAUGCAAAUGAUUCAGAACUAGUGGGGGAUUAAAUAGGAGCAUUGCAAAUCCUUCUAAAUAGGUCAAGUAAAGACAGCAGGCUUUUAUACACACCUUUUACGAGACUACAGGCUCCUUUUAAAAUGCUUUUUGCAUCAAGUGGCAACCCUUAUUAAAGGCUCUUGAAGGGCAAUGGAUCUGUACUAAGCGGCAAUGAUAACACAAUAGCAGUGUUUGGUAGAAUAGCAUCAUAAUGGUAUAAAUGUAAUAUUGGAUGAACUAGCAUUAGUCAGUUAGAAUAAGUUACUGACCUGUAGACAGUUGUGCUGUGAUGAGAUACUUGAGUUAAUUGCUGCUCUUAAUGAUUGAAUGUUGAGAUAAAUAAAAAUUAGGGCAAAAAAUAAAUGACAUCAAUGUAUUGUAUAUAAGGUACUGAAUCUUAAAAAAAAAAAAAAAAUCACAACACCAUGCUCUUAAUAGCAGCAAUUGAUUCAAACAGCACGUCAAAAUGCAGUUGUCAGCAGGGAAGCUGUUGAAGGUGGGACUAUGCAAAAAACACUGAACUAAGGCUUGAAGAUAGAAACAUUGCUGAGCUUAAACAUUUUAAAAUAAGUUUCAAUGAUCUGAUGGAGAAACAGAAACCAAAAAAAUAAAUAAAAGAAUUGAAAACCAAACAACACGAAUGAUUAGUGGGUAAGAUUUUUUUUUUUUUUUUACUUUUUAAAAACAACAUUUUACCUUUUUAAUCACAAUAUUGACAAAAAGUUGAAGACAAGUGUUCAACAUGCACAUGUGAUUUCACUUGAUUUUCGGAAAAUAUAUUUUAUGAAGGCUGCACAUUUCACCCCUCAGGCCUGGGGACCAUUGCUCUCUCUUGUCUGUAUACUUUAAAUAACCUAGAUUGUGGGGUAAUUAGCAAGGUUUUAAAAUUUGCAGAUGACACAAAGCUGAAGGGGGAGUAGGUAACACCUAUUGUUUUAAAUGAUCAGUCAUUGUGAAAUGGAGUAUGUAAGUGUGUUCAUUAACACACACUGAAACUGGUUUUAGAUACACUGAUGCAGUGGCAUCCAUGUUUAAAGGGAGUGGGGGAGGUACAGUACUUUCGCUUUUCAUCCCAACAGUUGCAACUGCCAUUUGGUAAUGUAUAUAACAUGCAUGGUCAGCAAAAUGAAGUCUGUUGGGAAUUGGACUGCACUGAAGGCUAAACUAUGAAAGAAUGUAGUUAAUGGGUAACAACAAUCUUUUUUAGUUUAAAAAUGAACAUAAUUGUGAGACACUGCCUCUUUAAAUUAGUGAAAUAAAUUCUAAAUCUAAGCAAAGUGCAUGUAGAAGGGCUAGUAUGUUUUGUUUAGGUAUAUAUUGUUAAUUCAGGAUUUACCUGUAUUCUAUACAUAUCCAGGAUAUGGUUGGAAUGAAAACCUGGGGUGUCACGGCCCCCAAAGACCAUAUUUGAGUUUCACUCAUAUUCUACAUUGGUUGCAAGUGAUUCUGUUCCAUAAAAAUUACAAAACUGGAUUUUGAUUAAGUGUUGUGAUGGAUCAGGAAUUUCAUCUUUUUUCCCUAAGCUGUUUAAAAGAGUGAUAAUGAAGGUAAUCGCUGGUCCACAUUCUUUUCAUUGGUGGUUUAUUUUGGCAAAAAAAUAUCUUCAGCACGACAAGCAGAUCAGUGGCAAUGUUGCCAAAGCUAGUUAGAUUGAUUUUAAAUACUGAAUACUUCAUAUUGAAAUUAGUGACCUUUUGCAUUUGCCAAUUUUUGGUACAUCUCUGGGCAAGUUCAGAGCUCAAGCUAACAUGCAAAGGGCUGAGAUCUGAGUUUUAAAUCUUCUAUUGCAGCUAAUCUGUACACCAGUGCAAAGGGGGAUCGGAGCAUUACAGUAUAUGUAAACAGGUCAUUGGUCGUUGCAGCUUAUUUCAGAGGCUAUGUACUUGUAAUCUUUUUAUUGUAUGGUUUUAUAUCAUCUUUUCCUUUUGUUUACAGUCAAUUUUACUGGUUUACUGUUUUCAUACACCUAGAGAAUGUAACUUCAUACUGUAUACUAGUGUAAGUGAUAUUUGGCUAAAAUAUUCUCCCUCCCUGAAAUGUUAGUACAUGUUUUGCCUCCAGAGCCAGACACGUUAUCUACAGCGUAUAGUCACGAGAAUAGGUUUAUGCUUUUGUUAAUUGUUUUUGCUGUGAAUGAUACGAUGACUUUCCCUGUGUAUUUUGGUGUUAGCGUAACUGCCAUGUGGGCAGUUUAACAUGCGUCUGGUUUUAAAUUUCUAAAAUAAGCAGGUAGUGCAUCGAAGCACUUUAGUAAUAUUGGGACUAUACUGGAUCGGUUAAUAAAGCAUCACAGAGAUCAGGGCUUGAAUUUAACUUUGCCAUAAAACAUUGUAGACUGGUGGCGCAGACCCUGAUUAGCACUGAUACGAAUCUACAGAAACAUUCAUACUGACCUGGGCUCUGUGAGUCAUUAAGCUUCAUUGGUUCAAAAGUUGUAGUUUUGUCAAAUUAUGAACAAUAUUGGUAAUAUGAAUACCAAAAUGAAAUCUGUUUAAACUGUGUUAAAUCUGAGCCCUGGUAUUCUUGCUUAAUGUGGUUUCUGGAAGAAAUGGUGUCUUGCAUCACCUUUACUUUAGCCUGAAUGUGUUCUAUUUUGAUCUCAUAGUCUUUGUCCCAGUUAUGUUCUUUCUUAUUUUGUUUUUGGAUUGUAUCUGAUUUUGUCUUUUCAUUUUUAUCAUGUAAUCACAGGGGAAAGUGUUUGUGUGUAAUUGCUUUUUCUUGUAAUACAAUGGAAUCAACUGCAUUUAACUAAUGUUAUUGCAUACUUUUGUAAAUGAAAUAAAUAUGAAAAAUGAUAUUUAGAUAAAAACAAUGCCUGUAUAUUCAGCUAAUUUUAAAUUACUAAUAAAAAAUUACU